AUGAGGCUGGUGCUACCGAACCCAGGGCUGGAGCAGCGAAUACUCGACUAUGAGCAGCUGGAGAAACUGGAACAAGAGGUGCUCCAGGACAGGCCCAAGUGGGACAACAAGGCUCAGUACAUCCUCACCUGCGUUGGGUUUUGUAUAGGACUUGGAAAUGUGUGGCGCUUUCCCUACUUGUGUCAAAGCCAUGGAGGAGGUGCCUUCCUGAUCCCAUAUCUGAUAUUACUGGUGCUGGAGGGAACGCCACUGCUUCUCCUGGAGUUUGCUAUUGGCCAGCGGCUGAGGAAAAGCAGUGUAGGAGUGUGGCGUACCAUUAACCCAUAUCUGACCGGACUUGGUAUCUCAUCUAUGCUAGUGUCCUUUUUAAUUGGACUGUACUACAAUACCAUAACAGCAUGGAUCCUAUGGUACUUAUUUAAUUCCUUUCAAGACCCUCUUCCCUGGGAUCAGUGCCCCCUCAAUGAGAAUAAGACAGGAUCAGUCUAUCGAGCUGCCAGUGCUGGCUUCUGCUUCAGUGGAUCCACAAUGAAAGUGCUACUCCCAAACCCUGGACUGGACGAGCGCAUCCAGACAUAUGAGGAACUAGGCAGGAUGGACAAAGAGCAGGCUGAGGACCGGCCCAAGUGGGACAACAAGGCCCAGUACAUUCUGACCUGUGUGGGAUUCUGCAUCGGCAUCGGCAAUGUGUGGCGCUUUCCGUACCUGUGCCAGAGCCAUGGAGGAGGAAUCCAGUGGCCUAUGGUGGUUUGUCUGUUUGUGGCCUGGACAGGAAUUGGGGUUUGCUACAUCAGAGGAAUAAGCAGCUCUGGAAAGCUGACGGAGUUAGUGAACCCAACAACUUGGCUUGAUGCCGGGGCACAAGUCUUUUAUGCCUUCAGUUUAGCUUGGGGUGGACUGAUUUCAUUCUCAAGCUACAACCCAGUGCAUUGUUACAUGUGGUGUUGCCUUUGUCAUCACGCUUCUAUUGGGUAA